AUGAAGGUUCAACAGGUCGUCGGUCAAGCCAAAGCCGUUACGCAGGCCACCGUUCUCCUAUCCCCUCUCCUCCUCCUCACCCCUCUCUUCUUUCCGUCGCCUGUAUCAGCACAAGGAUACCUAACACUCCAGCCAGCCCCCGUCUACCAACUCGAACACACGUCGUUUCCCGACAAAACCCUCUACGUUCGUGGGGGACUCAACCAAGGCCGUUUUGUCCCUCAAUUCUUUUCUCUCGACAUCUCCCCGCUCCUCACCUACUCAAACCAACUCACCUGGAAGAAGCUGAACGAGACCGGACCUAUUACCGACUAUCGCUCACGCCUCCCCAUGGCCGUCAAUCGCCAGAACCAAGAACUUACCUAUUUCGCAGAAGGCGGCUGGAUGACAAGCUACAACAUCGUAACGGAUAAAUGGGCGAGCUCGACGUUCCCGCUCUGUUUGAGCCCCGAUAAGCCAUUGAACUCUGUCAGGGGCACCCAAAAGGCUGUGAUGGAUCCCAAGUCUGGACUCAUGUACAUCCCCCUCGGCUAUAACCUUCAGGAUGGGAUGCUUGUCUUUGACGCUGCCGGAAACGAUUGUUCUGGUCUGCCGAUGCCUGUGAAUUCAAAGUGGUACAACAAUGCCUGGAGCGAGUCCAAGAACACGAUCUACAUCUAUGGAGUUGGAGCCGCAGAGCCGGCGGAGGUUCCAGGAUCUUUGUGGGAGUUCCAGUUUGCUACAAAGAGCUGGAACUUAAUUGUAAAGUGGUCAUUUGGAGGCCAGAAGCUGAUCGUCUAUGGAGGAGCCACUGUCGACAACGUGUACGGCGAGAUCUACAUAUUCGACACUGUCACCUACAAAUGGGCCAAAGGACCCAACUCCCCAACCAACCGCUCAGAAGCGGCCUGUGCUUCUUCUGGUGAUUUCUUUCUCACCUGGGGAGGAUACGACGCUCCAAAAGGAUACCUUUCGCCUCCUGAAAUCCUGUUCUACAACAUCAAGUACAACAAGUGGAUGACACAAGCCGAAAUUGUUCCUCCCUCUUCAGAAACCCUUACAGCUACAGCUCCACCCACUGCGAUCACCACACUUGCUCCUACGACAGCCCCUGUCCUUAACCCUAACCCCAACUCUGGCUCUGGCUCUGGCUCUGGCUCAGGAAACUCCGGCGGAACCUCCAACAAUUCUGGAUCGAUCAACCCUGGCCUCACCGAUGCUGGCUCGUCACCAGAAGCGUCCAAGGAUAGUGGUGCUGCUGCUAUUGGAGGCGGUGUUGCUGGUGUCGUUUUUAUUGCCGCCUUUGUUGGAUUCUUCUUUUACCGUCGUGGGAAAAAAGCAGGAGUCAAGGACAGGGAUGGCUCUAAUAUCGAGGCUCUUGCCGGUGACAAUUUGGGUGAAUACCGGCAGGCACCGUACGCUCCUAAUAGCGACAACAGCGCUCAUCAGGACCCCAACGCGAUUAAUAACUCGUAUGGGGCAGAUUCGGCAGCCUUCACGUCACCCUACAAUCCAGCCUAUCCUCCCUACACGACAGCAUCUGCGCCUUCUCCUCCUUACACAGAAGCUGACGAAAACAGCCCAUACUUUGCCUCUGCCGCCGCAGAGGGAUCUCAGGGAGCUUCCAGUUCGUCCCAUGAUGUCGGGUCAGAAAAGGACACCGCCGUAUAUCCUCUUCCUACCGCUACACCCAUUGCGGCUCUUUCAAAUAGCUGCUCGGGCGAAGACGGUAAGCUCGGGAGUAAUACGUUUUUCCCCACAGCCCCAUCCGCACCUCAACUACACGAUAGCGAUACUGCUUGGGCGGAACAGCCAACAUCAUCAUCAUCAUCACCACAUUCACAGGAAUUCCAACAGGACCAGGAACAGUUCACUAACUCGGCGUUUUACUCAGCACUACCACUGCCACCACUUUCGCCCAUCUCCCCUCGAAAUUCUCAGAGCUGUGUGGUGAAGAGUGACGGACCUGCGAACUCGAAGGAGCAAUUGGUGUCGGUUCAUGCCAAGCAUGAUGAGUAUAUGGAGCAGUUGAGGCAAGAGCAGUUGAGGCAAGAACAGCAAGCUGAGAUGGAGAGGAUUCAGGAGGAGUGGGAGGAACAGAUGGCGGGAAGUCAACAACGCAUAGAGGACGAGUAA